UAAUUUAACUUUUACUACUGAUUUGUUUCUUUCUGAUUAUUUUAAAUGAAAAUGGUUGGUGAAAUUAAAGCAUUUGACAGUGUAAACAAAGGUGUUCAUUUACUUGGAGCCAUAGUAUUUUCGUAUGGCUUAUAUUAUUACUUUACUUAUGUAAAUAUACCAGCUCAAUUGAAUCCUUUGGAUGAAGCAUUCGGUGGAAAAUUUAAAUACUUAACAUUCUGCGAUAUGGUUAUUCAAACGUCAUUUUAUUUAUUCGCUGUAUUUAUUGAUCAAAUAGCUAGACAUUUAUGUUCUGAUUCAAUGUUAAAAGUUUUAAGCCGAAUUAAAAAUGUUUACUUCACUUCUCUAGCUUUUCCUUUAGCAAUGUUUAUUGCCAUGAGCUUUUGGCCUUUAUGGUUUACCGACAAAACUCUUGUUAUGCCAAAAUAUUAUGAUAUUUAUUUCCCCAACUGGUUAAACCAUGUAACACAUGCAUUUAUUUUUUACUUUGCUGUACUAGAAAUGUUAACUAGUUACCGAAAAUAUCCAUCUAGAUCUGCAGGAUUGUCAAUAUUCAUGACAUUCCAAUUUUUUUAUUUAUUUUGGAUUAAUUUUGUAUUCUAUAAAAGUGGAAUGUGGGUUUAUCCGAUUUUGAAAAGAAUGAACUUAUUAAUGAGAAUACUAUUUUUCGCUGGAAAUGUAAUGUAUGCUCCAGCAACAUAUUUAGCUGGCGAAUAUUUAAAUAAUUCAUAUUGGAGAGUUUUAAAACAUUCGAAAUCGUCAAAACAUCUGAAUUAAGACUACAAUAUAAACAAAAAAAUGUUAUCGUUACAAAAAUAAAGCAAUUUUUUAAAAACAAUUUAAAUUAUUGUUUUGUAUUAAAUAAAUUAUUGAAAAUACUAAUGUUAUAAAUAAAGUACUAGUUAAAUUUGUAUUUUUUUAAAUUUAUUAUUGUAACUACUUUUACAAUAAAAUAAGUAACUUAUUGUUGUAUAUAUGUUUUAUUCUAUUGUAUUAUUUAAAGUUUUUAUGGAAUUUUUUAA